UUUAGUGCAAAUAGGAUGGUAAGGUAGGCGAACUCCGACGGAUGUUCACAUACUUUCCCGUUUACCCAACUGACUGUAAUUUAAUGAAUGUAAGGCAGCACCCACGUGGUUUGACCGUGGAGACUGCAGAUUCUUUUGUUCAAAAUCAAUCAAAAAACGAGGAAGACGGACAGACACGAGAGACGCAUCAGAAUCAGGAAACCAUUCGGUCGCUUGCCAUCCUCUAACUUUAUUAACGCCAUCAUAAAGUUGAACUUUCCAGCUAACUUAUCAACUACUGUCUUUAUUGCGGUGCGGAGAAAAAAACUUUCCCAUCAAGAUAUUGCAUUCAAGGAAAUCUAAGCUACAAUGCCCCGCAAGAAGGUGACUGAUAUCUCAGGGAACGGCGGCACAAAGAGGAAAAGGGCAGGCGGCCGCAAGAAAGACAGAGAGUUCAGCAGCGACGACGAGUUUGACGACUAUGAGCAGGAGAACACCAAGAAGCCGGGCAGGACAGCCCCCAAGCCCGGCCUCACGCCAGUCACUGUGUCCGAGGAUGUCAAGGAGAAGAUUAAACUGGAACUUCCCAAAGGCAAGGGCCAGCUGGUCAUUUUUGGAGCCACCAACUGGGAUCUGAUUGGGAGGAAGGAGGUGCCAAAGCAGCAAGCUGCGUACAGGAACCUGGGCCAGAACCUGUGGGGUCCGCACCGCUACGGCUGCCUGAGCGACGUGCAGGUCAGUGUGGUGGUGGCCGGGCCCUGCGCUGCACACAGCCUGCUCAUCACCACAGACGGCAAGCUCUGGAGUUGGGGGCGUAACGACAGAGGGCAGCUGGGCCACGGGGACACCAAGCGUCUGGACGCCCCCAAACUGGUGGAAGGGCUGGCCAAGGAGGUGAUAGUCUCAGCCGCCUGUGGACGCAACCACACUCUGGCGCUCACUGAAAGUGGUACGUGCUACUCGUUUGGCGAGAAUAAGUUGGGCCAACUGGGUCAGGGCAGUCAGACGGACGCCGUUCUCACCCCGGCCGCAGUGAUGUACAAUGGUCAGCCGUUAGUGAAGGUGGCGUGCGGUGCUGAGUUCAGUAUGGUGGUGGACUGCAAGGGUAACCUGUACUCCUUCGGAUGCCCAGAGUACGGCCAGCUAGGCCACAAUUCAGAUGGGAAGUUCAUUGCCCGUGCCCAGCGUAUCGAGUUCGACUGCGAGCUGAUCCCGCGGCGGGUGGCCAUCUUCAUUGAGAAGACCAAGGACGGCCAGGUGCUGCCUGUGCCCAACGUUGUAGCACGAGAUGUAGCCUGCGGCGCCAAUCACACACUGGUGCUGGACUCCCAAAAGAGGGUAUUCUCCUGGGGCUUUGGCGGCUAUGGGCGCCUGGGCCACACGGAGCAGAAGGACGAGAUGGUGCCGCGCCUCGUCAAGCUCUUCGACAUCCCCGGGCGGGGGGCCGCCCAGAUCUACACUGGAUACCAGUGCUCCUUCGCCGUCAGUGAGAUGGGUGGUCUGUUUUUCUGGGGCGUCACCAACACUUCUCGAGAGUCCACCAUGUACCCCAAAGCUGUGCAGGACCUGUGUGGAUGGAAGAUUCGUAGCCUUGCAUGCGGGAAGAGCAGCAUAAUCAUCGCCGCUGACGACAGCACCAUUAGCUGGGGCCCCUCUCCUACCUUUGGAGAACUGGGAUAUGGAGACAACAAGCCCAAGUCUUCCACUACAGCCCAGGAAGUGAAAACUUUGGAUGGAGUCUACUCAGAACAGGUGGUGAUGGGCUAUUGCCACACCCUAAUCAUCGCCCGCCAGGAGUCGGAGCAGGAACAGGAGAAGCUGAAGAAGCUGCCAGAGUACAACCCCCGCACGCUCUGAGCAAGGCCAACGCCCCCUCCACUUCUCAUGACAUAUUAUUUUGUCGUUUUCUGAGUUACCGGUAACUUUUUUUCUUUCCCCGAUCCCUCUACUCCUCCUGCCCCAGAAGCAAACACAUCUCCUCAGACAUUAACCAGCACCUUUAUGGUCACCGUGUACGGUUGAAGAUUAUGAUGAUGGUGAACAGGGUUGGGUCAGGCAAAGCAGAAGUGGGAUUAUUGUUUGUUUGGAUACAAAGUUACAAAACCGUUUAGCAUGAUGGUGGGAGAAAUGACGUGGGGAGGAGAUAACGAAGAUUGGGAAUUUGAAUCAAAUCUUAAUGAUGAGAGUCAACACUGCAAUAUGAUGGGCAUCAACAAGUGGAUAAUUUUUCGUGUUUGUUUGUUCGUUUCCCCUUACCAGCAUUUGUGUGUUUGAUGCCACUGGUUUCUGCUGGGAGAGGAGAUCAGGCCCUGUUUCCCUCCAAGCACUUAACACUCAGUGGACCCCUAACCCAAACCCCUUCCCCUCAUCACGUUUUUAUUCCCUUUCUUCUACAUUCCUGCUGGAAUUCCCGACACAGCAUUAUAGGUUUUUUUUUUUUUUGGUUGACGUUUCUUUUAAUCAUCAAUUUUGAAAUGAAAGCGAUCUGUGUUUUCCCUUUUCCAAACACAAGGUGCUACAUUGUUAAGACACAGACUGUCAUAUGAGGUACAGGCCCCCUACUGGGAUCACACACACAAACAAAAAAAAGACGACCAACACUCCAUAUCUGUGCCUUUUAUGUGACAUAUUUAAGGGCAUGGCUGUUUAUGUUGUCCCAAAGACAAGUGUUUUACUCAAAAUUUAAUUGAGCUCUGUUCACGAUGGAUGGUUUGUUGGUUAUUUAUUCUUUGUUCUUUUUUUUUCUUUUGUUACUCGAAUAUUGUCCUUGUGUCUUUUGUCAAGUCAGUUUGUGCAAUCUGAGUGAAGGCUUAAUAAAGUGGUGACAUUUUUA